CGGGCCGAGAGAAUCCGUGUGUUGUGAAUAGUCGAAGCUGUGUGUAUUGUCCCUCUGUGCUCGCCGUACUUUCAGAUAUCUCCCACAGCAGGAUUGAAGGUUCACUCUUCUUUAACUGAUCGUGUUGAUCAUGGGGAACGUGCACAGCUGCGUCGUAGCGUCGCUCUCUUUAUUUUCCGUGUACUUAUUUUACGUUCACGUUUACCGCGCGCACAGGGUGUUGAAGUCCAGCGUCCUCCACAGCGACGGCCUGCCGAGCUCUGCGUACCUCUGCGUCAAAUACGUGCUCAGAGCGAGCACGCGCACGCCGGGACGUCUGUACGCAGACGCAGAGAAGCGUCACGUGGUUUUCACGUUACUGAAUUGCAGGCUGCAGACUCCCGUGCUGAGGCGCUUCUGCAGCCUUGCAGGUUAUGGCUGGGACUAUCCAGACUCGGAGUACAGAGACGUCCCGCUGUGCUUCCCAGAGUUCCUGUGCAGCAGACUGACACUCAUCCUGCUCACUGACGGAAACUUCAGGCUCAGCCCAGCUGGCCUCGUCCGUCUGCGUCAGACUUUAAAAACCCUGCAGCCCGUGGACGAGCUGAAGAAGGGUCCGUUCACGCUGCAGGUGGAGGUUGUGGAGUACCGGCAGGUGGAUGCGGGGGUGGAGGUGGACGUCCGCCUGUCGGCCGCUUCACGCUCCGGCUGCCUGGUCUGGGAGAGCGUCCUGACUCUGCUGUCCAAAGACAGACGCUUACAACCUCUCCAGGCAGGCCGGCGGAGCCAGCAGGACGACGGACGACCGGACGAGCCGGAGAAGGUGAAGCAGGUGGAGCUGAGAGUUCCUGGGACCAGCGGCCUGCAGUGUCUGUGCUCCUUCUCCGUCUUCUCCAGCCUUCCCAGACUCCCCGGCUCUCGGGCGGCGCCGCCUCUCUGGAUGUUGUCCGUCUGCUUGGCUGAAAUAGAAAAACACAGAGGGGUCGGAGUCCUCACCGCUCCUGUCAGCGUCAGAGUGCAGUACAGAAACCGCCUCACGGCGCCCGCCGAGGUCACGCUCAGGUUUUGGGAGACGAGCGGAGGAGAGGAGGGGUCCCGUCCUCCCAGAGGCUUUGGGUUCCUCAUGGAGCGCCACGGCGCGUCUCACCUGGUGGGUCUGAUUUCCAGAUCCUCACCGUCCGGGUGAUUGAACAGUCCGACGCUGAUGAACACCUGGAAUAAAAGACCGACAUGUUUCAGGUCUCAAUUAGGGGGCCUUCUGGAUCAAGCAGGAAUUGGGUUUUUCUAUAUUUACCCUUCAGAGCAGAAAAACAUUUUAUGAAAUAAUAUAUUUUUCUAAACGAUAUUUGCACUUACUUAAGAUGCUAUUUUAGGUCCGUUUUAAAGUCUUAAACUGAUCAAAAAUACAUUUAUUUAAUAAUCUAGAGCAUAAAAACCCUAAAAAGCGACAUUAAAGUGGCCAUAUCAUGAUUCUCCAGUGUCACAGAGCAAUCAGCUGUUUGGUCCCAGCAGUUUUAUCUUUAAUGAUUUCUGAUGGGGGUCAUCAUGCUGCAGGUUUCAGAGACCUCCAGGACACCAGCACUGUGUCACGUCGUCCGGUGAGCCCUGUGAGCCCAAUGCACACAUGUUCCCCCGCAGGGAGGGAAGCCUGUUCAAUAUUUGAUCCCGGCCAUAUUCCCGCUUGCAGCUUUCAUGUAUGUGAAGGUCUGUCCUCCUGGAUUAUUUAUCACAACACAUCCGCUGCAAGAGAAGCACAUUUUCUUUUUCUUCCUCGUUGUUUAAGAAAUCAAUAAUGUGUUUUGUCAAGUUGUCUUCACACACACAUAGACACACACACACACACACACACACACGCACACACGCACACACACACACACGCACACGCACACACACACACACACACACACACACACACACACACACACACACACACACACACACACACACACACACACACACACAGAGUGUGUGUUUGUAAGCUUUCAGUCUGAGUCCUGUUGGCUUAUCUGAUUUACUUCCUGUGUUUGGAAAUGACUAGUUUUGAUUGGUUAAUUCUUGAUCCGGCAGCCAUCAUCA